AUGAAGUAUGAUAAAAUAAAUAAACAUGAUUAUGUGGUUAGUUGUAUUUCGACUUAUCACACAAGCAGUUGGGUGGAGAGAUAAUAGAGGAAUAAAAAUUUUAAAUUAUAUUAUUCUUGGUAUUAAACUUUUGGAAUUUUUGCUCGUAAAUGUCCUGAAUUACAUACAUACAUGCUUGAUAUGCAUCCACAUGAAUGUGUUUGUAAAUAUUUGCACUAUUAUAGCUUACGCCUUGAUUUGCAAGGGUGUAACAGAAAUACAAGUAAAAAUUGAGGCAAAUGGUACCCCUCUUCUCCUAAAGGAAAUUUAAGUAAUGAUAAUAAAUUAUUUGAAUAUUUGUAAUCUAAUUCUUCUCUAAUUCAAUAUUAAAUUACAUGAGCAGCAGCAAAGUAAAUUUGAUAUUAUUUAAUUUUUUCACCCACCUUUUUCUUUAAUAUCCUUAAUAUAAUUUUUGUUUUACUUUAUUUGA